UUUGUCAACAGAAACCAGUUCAAUGUGAAAGCCUUGCAAUAUGCGCGGAGUAAUCUGCGUGGUUCUAUUCGGGGUGUUUUUGCAUUUGUCGGGUGCUCAGAGAUUCCGGGGAUCGGUAAGUAAAUUUACCUGGUUUGAAUUUUGUCCCAUCGUUGAAUUUUUUUCCUCUUUUUUGAAAUUAGAAGUCGUGAUUCUAACUUCGGAUUUCCUCUGUUUUUCUUUACAGAGGGGGAUCUUCCAAAGACCAGAUAUAGGCAGAGUUUUCUCGGAUUUUCCAUCACGAGCAAGAGGUCCCGGGCUUGUACACAGAGGGUCACAGUUGCCUUUUGAUACGGUCCCUAUCGAGUCUCUAAACAGUGCUCGGGUACGCAGCUUACGUCCUCGCUCUCGUGCGGUCAUCAAGUCCACGUCCAGGGCUUCUCAUCCGAAGCAAGCAAAAGGGGACAUUUUGGUGAAAUCAAGAAGUUUUAAAACUGAAAAUUCUCCCGAAUUAUUUCGACGAAGAACACAAUUAAGAAGUGAACUUUCUUCAAUUUCUAGAGAGUUUAAUGAGUUUCUUCAUAAUUCUGCAACGGACUCGCUGCCAUCUAUCAAUGACGGAAAAUCAUCAGUUCCAAAUGGUAAUAAUUUACGCCAUGAAGCGACUAGAAUCAAUCCCCUAACAAGUGUCCACACAAAUGACUUUCAAUCUGGCUUCCCGGAGACAAACCUAGGAAAUAUUCACCGAAAUCAAGACCCGACCCCGGGCAAUGAAGUGGUCAGGGAACUACAACGCUUAAAUUCCCUUCUCAGGAACAAUGGGCCAUCGAUAAAUUCCGGUAAUACGCAGGCGUCCGCUCAAAUUUUAAGCAUCCAGAAUCCAACACACGCUGACAUAGGUAACGGUCAUUCAAACGUCCCUGACCUUUCGAACCAACUUUCCUUUGCACCACAUUCCUCCCAUGUCGUAACGCAACAGCGUGAUGUUCACCCCGAACCCAAAAUCGUACUUCUCCGCAACCGGAACUCCGCCAGACCACUGAACGUCCAGAUAGGAAACACACGGCUGGAAGUGCUUGGUGGGAGGUCCGGAUCCGCCUCACAGCUCGUCAUCCAGACAGUUAAAGACGCCUUCGGAUCCAUGGGAGUUGCUCGGAAUAACCUACAAGGGAUCGCACCUCCUAUCGGUUUUGAAAACCCAAACCAAAAUGUCCCUAGCUCCUUCUUACUGCACGGUGUUAAUCAUUCCCAGAAAUCCCUAGGAGCACCACAGCUUCCGCCUCUGCCUCUGAUAGAACAAGCCCUAGCUACAGCUGCCCGCGAUCCUUUAAAUGCAAAUAAUCUUCAGGUUCCCUUGACAACUACAGCUGUUCCGGUUCCCGUUGUGACAACCCCUUUAACACCUUCAGGGGCCCUAAGACAGAUCCUUGGACCAGGCAUAUCGGACAUUUUACUAAGACAGAUGGCACAGGAUAUCCUUCCGCCUGAACUUCAGAGACUGGACGCCAUAAUGAGAGGUCAAAGUCAAUUACUGAACACCGUUAACAACAACACAAACGCAGGGAUGAUACAGAUUGGAAACCAAACGCAUGCAUUGAAUUUAGGCAAUACGAAGAAAAUAAAGAUAACGCAGAAUAAGACCGGCACUCACGCGGUCGUCUCAUCGUUAAACACGGGGGGCGGGCCACUUAGAAACAGUAUGGUGACGGAGGAGCCUAUGGAAUAUGACGAGAUACUACUUCGAAAGGUGCUACAGAAAAUGAGUGGUUAGUGUAAAAAGACCAAGAGAAUUCAUCCAUCCAUUUAUCAUCAUACACAGUCACUUUUCCGCGAAAAUCUAACGCAUGUUUCUUCUCUUUGGUAACGAGAAGAUUUGUUGUCAUCUUGAGAAAAAAAAGGGGGGGGGGGUAGAACUUGGACGUGU